CGUCUAGGUCUGCUCAGGUACCGACACAACGAUUUCAAGAUGAUCCGUGCUGUUGCCGUUCUCUGUCUUAUUGCCGUUGCAUUUGCAAUCCCUGUUCCAAGGGAUAAUUAUCCUAAACCAGGAUGUGGACAGUACGGAUGUUCUCACAACAUCCACUUUAAUGGACAAGGUGUUGCUGGGGGUAUACACAGUGGUGUCAACGACAAUGGAUUUGAAGCCAGGUUUUUUCCAUUAGAUGGAGGAAACUCAGCCGCCGCUUCAGCAGCUGCAAGUGGUUUCAACGCUGCUGCCUCUGCCGCAGCCGCCUCAAACCGAGGAUUUAAUGCCGGACUCAUCGGUGGUAACUCAGCUGCUGCCUCAGCAGCUGCAAGUGGUUUCAACGCUGCCGCCGCUGCCGCCGCCGCCUCAAACCAAGCAAUUGGUGGACAUCAUGGCGUAAUUGGUCUCAAUAAUGGAUUUAAUGCCGGACUCAUCGGUGGAAACUCAGCUGCUGCCUCAGCAGCUGCAAGUGGUUUCAACGCUGCUGCCGCCGCCGCUGCCGCAGCCGCCUCAAACCAAGCAGUUGUUGGACAACAUGGCGUAAUGGGCCUCAAUAAUGGAUUUAAUGCCGGACUCAUCGGUGGUAACUCAGCUGCUGCCUCAGCAGCUGCAAGUGGUUUUAACGCUGCUGCCGCCGCCGCCGCUGCCGCCGCCGCCUCAAACCAAGCAGUUGGUGGACAACAUGGCGUAAUGGGCCUCAAUAAUGGAUUAAAUGCCGGACUCAUUGGUGGAAAUUCAGUCGCCACCUAUCCCCAAAUUGUUGGAUCUUUCAAUGGACCAGCUGCUUACCAAGUGCCAGCCGUCCAAUAUCCAUCCGGACCAGUAUAUAAUGGUGUCGGUGGUUCAUCUGCUGCUGCUUCCGCAUCUAGUGCCAAUAUGGGACCUGGGAUCGGAUUGGGAGGCUUUAAUCCCAUCUUAAUCGGACAAAACCCCGGAGCUGCUGCUGCCUCCGCCGCUGCCUCUGCCAGCCAACGUGGUGCCGCCUCCGCUGCUGCUGCUGCCUCUAACGCCAACUUGAGAUCAGGAAUCGGAAUGGGAGGUCUCAUUGGAUCCCAACUCACAGGUCACUUUAAUGGCCCUGUAAUUCAGCCUUUUCAAGGUGUACCAUACCCUGUCGGUCCCCUUAUCGGACAAAACCCCGGAGCUGCAGCUGCUGCUGCUGGUGUUGCUACUUCAAACGGUGCCGCUUCCGCGUCCGCUGCUGCAUCUGGAUCCCAAGGAUUUAUUGACGGUGGCAUUUUGCAUGGGAGAUCACCAAGGAUUAUCAACUCCAACAUUGUACCUGGCAGAAAGGUUUACUAAAGUAGGAGAAAUCUUUCAACGGACUGUGAUAGACAUACACAAGCAACUUUGGUGAUUGAGACUGUGUUUGUUGAAUUUAUUAUUAUUGUUUGAAUAAAUUAUUGUACAGUA